UAGUAUAAGUAUUGAUUGAUUGAUAGUUUAUUGUUGCAAGUAAACAACAAAGGAGAAGGAGGGGAGGAGGAUCUCGAUGCAAUGUUACAGGUCAAAAGAAGAAGAAGAAGAAGAAGAAGAGGUCAAAAGAAGAAGAAAAAAAAAAGGUCAAAAGAAGAAGAAGAAGAAGAAAUUGUUUAUCAAUCACCCGCCUCUGCAACGGUGCAAUGAGUGACUAGGCCAGUGCGAUGGAGGAGUCUACCAUGGCCAGUGACAAAGACAAUGGUGAUGGAGGCAUAUUCACCAAUUUUUACAGAGCGAUAAGGCACACAUACGGGCUGGCAUCAUGGAGUUCUAUUCCUUGGCUUUUGGGCUGGGCAACAAUUACAGUCAUGGGUCCAAUCGUCGCUGCCAAGGUUGCAUAUCGAACUUUACAAGUUAUGAUAGCUCGAGCUUUUUCAAGCGAAAGAGCUCUGUGUGGGAAGGGUCCUCUCUGCAAUAUUUAUCCUUUCAGGUUAUCUUGAUCACGGGUGCAAGCUCAGGCUUGGGUGAGGCUCUGGCCCAUGCACUCUACAGGCGUGGUGUUCGUUUGAUUUUGGCCUCGCGUAAUACAGAAAAGUUACAAGACCUCAAGGAGACAUUGCUAAAGACAUACAAGCCUCCAGAGCUUCAUGUUCCUACCAUUAUAAAACUGGAUCUGGAAGAUCUGAAUAGCAUCCCAUCUGUUGCCAAAGAGAUUAUUACCUCCCAUGGACACAUAGAUGUUCUAAUCAACAAUGCUGGCAUCUCCUACCGAGGAGUAGCAGUGGACACUGACAUCAGUGUUGACAUCAAACUGAUGGUGGUCAACUACUUUGGACAUGUGGCCUUAACAAAAGCUGUUCUUCCAUAUAUGAUCAAGAGGAAGAUGGGUCACAUAGUAGCAGUCAGCAGUGUCCAAGGCAAACUGGCCAUCCCAUACAGGUCUUGUUACACUGCCUCAAAGCACGCCACACAAGGCUUUUUUGAUUCCCUUCGAGCAGAAGUUGCUGCAAGCAAAGUGAAAGUGUCAGUCAUUAGCCCAGGAUACAUUGCUACCAAUCUUUCUCUCAAUGCAGUCACUGGAACAGGAUCUGUAUAUGGAGAGAUGGAUGAAACAACAAGUGCAGGGAUGUCUCCCGAAAAAGUAGCAGACAACAUAGUGAGGUGCUUGAUCAAUGGAUACGAGGAACUGCUGCUUGCUCCAGUCUCCCACCAGCUGGCAAUCAUCCUCCGUACUUUGGCUCCUUCGCUGAUCUUCCGUAUCAUGAAGAGACGGGCCGCAACACAGAGGAACAACUAUGUGCACAAGAAAGAAUGAGGAAGAUGAAUAGCAGGUUAAAAGACAUUGUAUCUAUUAGUUUACCCCUGUAUAUUCUUGUGUAUCAUUUAUUUCUAAUUAGAUGUAUAUAGUAAUUUUUGUACUUUAUUAUAUAUUAUUUAAUGGAACUUUUAGCAUAUUUAAGUCAUUAUUAUGCUUCUGUUUGUGAAUAUUUGAAUUUCACUCAGUAAAGCUCAGAAUACUGAUCCAAGGACAGGGAUUGGGAACCCAUUAUGCUAGAGGAUUUUUUUAUCCUUCAGAGAAAAAAAAUUCUUACUGAGACUCUAUGCAGAAAUUUGGCCCACAAAUACAGAAAUCUAUCUCAGAAAUAAGAAAAUACUUUUAAACAACUAAACUAAAUAUAUGAAUUUACCCCUUUGAUGCCUAAAGAUCUCAUCAAAGUUAAACAAAGCAAUUUAAUGUUGCCUCAAAUAGUGUCAUGGUAUAUGAUUCCCUCAUUCGGAAGAGGUGAAUAAUAACUGAUGAAGGUUUGAGAUGCUCCUGUGAUGCAGUGGACAGUCUUUGCCCUCUUAGGCUCUGCCAGGCAGGCUGAGGUUCAAGCUCUGGUCAGGCUGGAAGGAAUUUCCACCAACAAGGAACAGUUACUGUUCCACCUUACGGAAAGGGUAUGGGUGUAUCUGGUGUGUAAAGGUCCCAGCAGUACCCAUAGAAAAGCUAACAAGCUCUCAAAGCAUUCUCAGGAGGAUUCUGGCUUGUGAUCAAGAGUCCAGCACAAGAUCAGACUGGCAAAAAAAACUGCCCUGAAAGAGCUGCAUGCAACUCUGGAGCUGCAGGUAACCAACCCCUGUCCUAGGAAGUGCAGUAGCCCGAGUGCAAUAAUAUGUAGAUAUCGGCAUUAAUAAAAAAGAAAAUUUGAUGCUAAAGAGA